AUGGCCACAUCCCAGAAAGACUUAGGUGAUUGGAAUGUUGUUACUACAGAUGAAGCUGGUAAUAUAAUAUUUGAUACAAGCAGACGAUCUAGAAAAAGAGGCGUUAAGGAAAACUUUUACUUACAAAGAUCUGAUAACAUAAGUUUUCGCCGCGGCGACAGUGUUAUAAUGAGAGAUGCCGCCACUGAUACUUAUUCCGUGUAUCUGGUGCAUGAAAUCCGUCAGCACACGCUCAAUAACGUUGUUGAAAUAUGGGCUUUCUCAUAUUUAAGAUGGUUUGAAUUGAAACCAAUCCCUUACUAUAGAGAGUUCGAUCCAGAUGUUUUGCUUGACAAGCGAUCUUCAGCCGAAUAUUUGCAGAAAUUACAGGAUGAAAUAGACAAAAAUGAACUUUAUUUGACAGCAGAAUUAACCGAAAUUUGGUUGAAGGACUUUAUUGGCGUGGCUAAUAUUUAUGACGAAUACCACUACAUAAGUAAUAAAUCGGAAUUUAGGAUGAAUAAAGAUUUCUACGUUAAGUACAUCUGUGAACCUACUGCAGAAAAUUUCGUAAAGAUCGAUAUAAAAAAAGAAAUUGAUAGAAUAAAGACCGAGUCUGAUCCAAAAUUGUCAGAACAACAUUUAAAGAGAAUAUCGGUCCCUAGAUCUCGAGCUUUACCUCUACCUAAACCGAGAAAUAAACAGAAGAAGCUCUCACAAUCGCAACCAAAGGAAGUAAAACCAAAUUUACAAUCUUCCUUGAGUGACAAUGCCUCUAGUAACAAGCUGGCUUUUUAUGGGUCUUCCCAGCCUUCAAACAUUAAAAAUAAUGGCAUUAAAUUAGAGGCACCCAUUUCCAAUAAGUCAGCUCAUAACAAACUAGCUGCCUUUGAAAGUAAUUCUGUAACAACACUGGCCACAAAACCUGUAACAACACCGGCAACAAAGCCUGUAACAAAAUCGAGGAUUAUAUCCCAAUCACUCCCCUAUACCACUGCAGCUCAACAAAUAAUUGAUACAGAAAUAAAUAAGGUUCAGCGGCUCAUAGAUAAGGAAGAAGAAAGGAUAACUCAACAAGUUUUGUCGAAAGAAGCAUCGGAGGAAAAUGGCUCACUCCCUCAAAAUCAAAGUGACUCUAGCUACUAUACAAGUGCAGAAGAGACAGCAUCUACUGCUAUGGAGAAGUCUGGAAAUGCAGAAGUCGAAAAAGGCAAAACUCCGGAUAACCUCUUGAACAAGAAUACAAAGACUGGUCGUGAAGCGCAAGAUGAUGAUUCUAGUGAUGAUAGUCCGCUUUCCACAAUUCGUAAAAAGAGAAGACUGCUAGGAAAUAAAAGUACCGGUAGUGAAUUGCGGAGGUUAGAGUCUUCAGAAGAACCUUUAUCGAUUAAAAUUGAAGACGGAGAACAAACAGAACAACAAAAGCUCCUUAGUGGAAAUGGCAUUGAGCGCGAUGCUUCUACAACGCCACAAAGUUCGGUUACAUUAGAAGAUGUGCACACUGUAAAUCCUGGGCAAAACAACAUUUCUGAAGAUACCAUAUUACGUAUCAGGGAGAAAUAUACGAAUUUAAUGUCAAAAGUAGAUUAUUUAGAGAAUACUGACUUUUCUAAUAUAACAAGUUUCAAGGAACUUAUUAUGCCUUCAUCAGAAAUUGAUAUCGCUCAAUUAGAAAAUAGAUUAAGAAACUCCAGAAAGACCGAAAACUAUACGGAUACAAUUUAUUCUCGACUAAACAUAAGAGAUCCUAUUAAUUCUGAUAUUACUGAGUUUGAAAAUAAAAUUAUUGAAAUUGUCGAUAAAAUGCCAGUUUUACAACCUCGAAGUGGAGAAUUUUCCCGAUUAUACACAAAAAUUUUCAAGUUGUUAAGAGAUUGUGAAUCCAAAGCUAUCUAUAUCGGUGGACCCACCGGAUCUGGGAAAACAACUAUAGUAGAGAAAUGUUUUGAAGAAUUAGAGUUGUCAGCACAACAGAACGAACUACCAAUUUUCAAAAGAUUAAAAGUCGAUGGAUAUGAAAUUAUUAAUGCAAAUGAUUGUUACGAGUUAGUUUGGUCACAAUUGUCUGGAGAAAAGCUAAGUUCAGGAGCUGCACUAGAAUCGUUGCAAUUUUAUUUUGCCAAUGUACCCAGGCAUAAGAAACGUCAAAUUGUCAUCACAUUGGAUUCAUUAGAUAUCAUGGUAUCGAAAGGUCAAGAUAUUCUGUAUAAUUUUUUCAAUUGGACGACUUUGAAGAAUUCUAAGCUAAUACUUAUUGCCAUUGCUUCUAAUACCGAGUUACCGAGAAAGUUAUUGGGAGAACAAGUCUCAAGUAGAAUAGAAUAUGACGUAUUUACUUUUAAACCAUAUGACAAGAAAGCCUUGUAUAAUAUUGCAUGUUGCAAAUUAGAAGAGCUUAACUGCAUCAAAAAAUAUUGGAAGGAUAUGGGUGACAAUACUCCAAGGGUUGCCAGCAGGGAAGAACAUGGUGAUAUACGACAAUUGGAUAUAAAAAUUGAUGAGAAUACAGUAUCAUCAGCAGCAAGAAAAAUUUCAAUAAUGACGAGGAAUGUCAAUGAUAUCAUACUUGUUUGUAAGAAAUCAGUAGAUGUCGCUACAACCGAAUACUUGAAUAUGCAAAAAUUAACAUACACGAGAAUUGAAAAGUACUCAGAUGUUUACAGUCAACAUAUUAGCAUGGAACAUGUAUUGAAAGCGUUGAGUCAGAAGAAUGAUGUUAAUAAUGUUGCAUAUUUAAAUAAUUGUUCACUAGUCACAAAAUUGUUUCUAUUGGCGAUGCUAUUAAAAUCCCACAAGAUGAAGGAGGAUGAAGUGAAGAUGAAGGAUGUUAUUGAAGAAAUUGAUGAUUUGUUCGAAUCAGAUAAAAUUAGUAAGGAAAUAAAAGAUAUCAGGGGAGCAUUAUUUGGUAAUGAAGAAAAGAUAAAUGUGGAAGUAAUUGCAUGGGAUUUGAUUGCUGCCGAAUUAAUGAAAUUCGACAUUAUAGAAAAAUCCGGAGAUUCUAUUAGUUUCAAAAUAAGUAUAGACGAUAUUAAAGAGGGCAUCAGCUUGAACUUAUACAACUGA